CGCCUCCGCCGCCGGCCUCGCGCGCCGCCUGCUGUCCUCGGCUCCACCGCCAGGAGACCGCAGGGGAAUGGGGAGCGCGCCGCGGGGCCUCGCCCACCGCCAGCCCGAGCUCCGGUUCAUGGCGCAGCGCAGGAAGGAGGGAGCUCGACAGCCCGUCCCCACAGGCCCAUCUUUCCAGUGAUGCGCCUUUUCUUCCUCAGUUCCUCCCUUCCAUCUGGCGCAGCUCGCCUCCUUCCUUUCCGGGCUCCUCUGUCCAUUCCCCGCUGCCGGCCUCCUGCUUCUUGCUAGCAAGCAGCGCCCGCGCGGGCGGCGAUGGCGAAGGAGACGGAGUACUACGACGUGCUCGGCGUCUGUCCCGCUGCAUCUGACGACGAGAUGUCCUUUCCAACCUCUUAUCUUGCUCGUCUGCUGCUGCUGCUCAGCUUCUCGGGAAAGAGAGGAAAAGCUAGCUAGAUUUCUCAAGGAAUUCCUCUCCCAAUAUGUUCAUGGUGACAGAAGGAUUUGCUAAUCGUGCGGAAGCUGAGGCGAAGAGGCUCUCCAGCACUUCAUCUGGACUGGAUAUUCUUCACACCAUCGGAUAUGUGUAUUCUCGACACGCAGCAAAGGAGCUUGGCAAGAAAGCCAUGUACCUAGGAGUGCCAUUCGUGGCUGAGUGGUCAGGAACAAGGGCCGCCUAUGGAAGUCACAUAUCACAGCAGCAAAAGGAGAAAUGCAGGAGUCCUGCGGCUGCGCAGUUGCAAGAGGAGGCCUGCCGGCAGAGUAACAAGGAUGGCAAUGCCACGGAGCAGGAUGUUAACUUUCAGAUGAGGAUGAACAAGGAUCUGAUGAUGAGCUCACUGUGGAAGCUGAAUGUUGUAGACAUUGAAAUGACUCUCCAGCAUGUUUGUGAAAUGAUUCAUCUGUUGAAACUAUAUGCACAUCAAGCUUAUUUCAAGGUAAACUCCUGAAACUAUCAUUCGCUUGAUUUGGCCAGUGAGCCCUUCACUCCAUAAUGAUAAGGGAGAUAAUUAAUCAGUGUUUUCUUUGUAAAAGAUCAGAAUAGUAAUGUCGAGGUAAUGUAAAAACAAGGGAUCAAACACUUCCGUAGGACUCCGUUUUAAUAGGAAACUUUUACACUUUGUUAAAAUUACUUUCUAAUAUGCUUAAGUGGUCAUGCUGCUAAGAAAUAAUUUUUUUCCUAAAAGGGCUUUAAGGAAUAUAUCACAUCUAUAAAAGGGGGGCACUCAAGUUAUUAAAGUUUUGAAUUGCUCCAAAGUCUAUGAAAUGGCAGAUUUUAAAUUAUGUUACUGAAUCCUGAUGAACAUACACUAUCAUUUGUGGAGGUAUAUACAUAUUGAAUACGUGUCUAAAGUUUUAACCCAUAUGUCAUUUUUUAUUUGUAAUCUUUCUCCAAAAAUGUCUGAGUGACCACACUGUUUGGAGUAUGCAUAACAGUCAUAAACGAAGUGUCUGUAGAUGAGUAGUGUACAUGUUUGUCUGUGUACUGACAAAAUUGUUUCCUGCCAUUUAUCCAGCUGAUUGCAAUCAUUAUAAAAGAUCAUGCCCAAGCCACUUUUUAAGCUUGGAUAUUACUUCGAGUUGUUUUAUUAAGCUAUAUUAUCCCCAAAAAAAAAUUGGUACUGCAAUCUAGAACUUCCUCGCUGCCCAAUUUAUUCAACAAAGCAAAAUAGUCAAUGCAACUCAGUAAGAUUUAGUUUAAUUCAAGUAUCACUGUAAUCUGAGCACUAAUCUUUUGUACAAUACUGUUGCAGGAGAGUAAGAUAUUUCUGAUAAAAUCAGUUUU